AUGGCAGCGGCUGGCAACCAGCUGGUGAAGGCAAACUCGCUCGUUGGUCAGGACGCGCCAUCCUCCUUCACAGAGAUCUGUCUCGAAUGGGAGCAGCUGCUGCAGGCCCGACCAGUGUCCAGCCUGCUCCGACCGCUCUUCUUCGCGCAAUCGGGCGACCAGGCACGGCUCCUGCUCGCGGGAUACCCGGCCCUCUCCUCCGCCAUCUUCCAGGCGGUUGGAGACCGCAUCGAUCAGGCCCUCGCAGCACUUCGCAUUUCUUCCCUCUUCGACGCGGUGGUGGCACACACGGCGAGCGAGGCACCCGCACGCAAGCGGAGGCCGGAAGGGCUGCUCUUUGCCUGCGGCGAUGUCUGCCUGCACCGCUUCUUCGGCCGGUGCGUGGUCGUCGGCUGGGAUGAGACAUGCCAGCGGGCCGGCGCGUGGGACCUCGGCCAGGGGCUGAGAGAGGUGCGGAGGUUUGGGCGUGCGCAGCCCUUCUACACGGUGCUCCUAGAGCGGGACCAGGUGGCGCGGUACUGUUCGCAGGAGAACCUCGCGCUGCUCACGGAAGCCAAGGUCUUUGCACACCCACAGGCCGCCUUCUACUUUGCCUCGGCGCGCGGGUUUGUGCCGAGCGAGGCGCUCACCUUUGUGUACCCGGAUGACCGCGACCUGAGCGCGGCGCCAGAGCGGCGGGACUAUAGGACCCUGCGCGAGGCCCUCGAUGGGUAG